UCAGAGCGGCGGGUCGUCGGAAGGGAUAACGCAUCCAAAAAUUGCUUGGAAAGAGGCUGUAAAAUCCUUUUCAUCUUUUCCUUCCCUAUAUCUGGAACUCGAUCGGCAUCAUAAAACACAGAAACUGCGCUCUGUGCAGCUCGGGAAGCGACGUCGACUUCACAUCCGCAGGCUAGCAAUAUUAUAUUGUGUGAACUUAAUUGACCGGAAGAUUAGGCACCCAAAUGCCAAUAAUGCUUGGCUAUGUCAGUUGAUUGAGGAUAUUAUGUCCAUAUUUCGGAGGGAGACUAUUCUACUUAUGCAUAGGUAUCUGAGGGCUCGCACAAUCCGUUCGAGGCGUCGAAUCCUCGAUACGGCUAAACGGUACAAUGUGAUUUGUAGGGUACCUAGACAACUACAUAGAAUUGACCGUCUACUUCAUUUGAGUGAUGCAAACUGUGUUGAGAAUAUACGAAUGGAUCGUAACACAUUCGCACGUCUGUGUUAUCUUCUCACUGAGCGUGGUGGGCUGCACGUCGGCAAGGUCGUUGGGGUGGAGGAACAAGUUGCCAUGUUUCUUGAAGUUCUUGCACACCACAAAAAGAAUAGGGUCGUUAAGUUUGAGUUUUGGAGGUCGGGGGCCACUGUUUCAUACUAUGUAAACAAGGUCUUAUGUGCUGUUUUGUCAUUGUAUUCAAUUUUCCUUGCAAAAUCUACACCAGUCAGCGACGAUUGUGCUGAUAAUCGAUGGAAGUGGUUCAAGGGCUGUCUAGGUGCUUUGGACGGCACACAUAUACCCGUGUUAGUGAGUAGCACAGACAAACCCCGUUACCGGUCUCGGAAAGGGCAAAUAGCUACAAACACACUAGCUGUCUGUGACCGUAACAUGCAAUUCGUGUAUGUCCUACCAGGAUGGGAGGGAUCAGCUGGAGACUCUCGUGUGUUGAGGGAUGCGGUGUCAAGGCAAAAUGGACUAAAAGUCCCACAAGGAUGCUAUUACUUGUGCGAUAACGGUUAUGCCAACAGCAAUGGGUUCCUAACACCUUUUAGGGGUGUUAGGUAUCACCUCAAGGAAUGGGGUCCGGGUACUGAGGCCCCGCAGAAUCCAAUUGAACUUUUUAAUAUGCGUCAUACCAAGGCGCGUAAUGUUAUAGAGCGUGCUUUUGCCGUGUUAAAGAUGCGUUGGGGGAUCCUUCGUAGUUCGUCCUUUUAUCCAAUUAAAACUCAGAUCCGGCUAAUAAUGGCUUGCUUCUUGUUGCAUAACUUCAUCCGCCGUGAGAUGCCCAUAGAUCCGAUAGAAGCCGAGCUAGAUGGUGCCCAGUACAACCCAAUACAUGAAGAUGAGGUCAUUGGUACACAGUUUGUUGAGUCCAUUGAGCCAACCACCAACUGGACCCAAUUACGAGAGAACAUUGCAACAGAAAUGUGGAUGAAUAGAUGAUUUGGAAUAUGUUAUUCAACUAAACUAAGAACCUUUCCUAUAUGACUUUAUGUUCUAUCAUUAUCACUUCAAACUUUAUCCAUCUCUAUUAUAUUUUGUGUGUA